AUGACUCGAGCCGAAACCCAUAUCGAAACCGACGCCAUCGUCAUCGGCGGUGGUUUUGGCGGCUGCAAUUCGCUGUACAAGCUCCGGAACUUGGGUCUUUCUGUCAAGUUGAUCGAGGCUGGCGGUGCCUUUGGAGGUGUAUGGCACUGGAAUCGCUACCCGGGUGCCCGUGUUGACUCGGAAAUGCCGUCUUAUCAAUUCAACAUCCCUGCCGUUUACAAGGGUUGGAAUUGGUCUGAGAGGUUCCCUGGUGACGAUGAGCUUCGACGUUACUUUCAGCAUGUUGACUCGGUGCUGCGUUUGAGUGAAGAUACAUUCUUCAAUACUAUCGUCACGGGAGCUUGUUAUAAUACAAAAACCAGUCGAUGGGAUGUGUCGACCAAUACUGGUCUUACAGCCUCUUGCAAAUAUCUCAUCGCUGCGACUGGAUCCUCUCACAAGAAGCACUACCCUCAGUUCGCGGGAUUGGAAAAUUAUGGCGGCCAACUAGUCCAUGCUGCAGACUAUCCGGAUAAUCUCAAUGCGAAGGGGAAACGUGUUGGAAUCGUUGGAAAUGGUGCUUCGGGCCUUCAAAUCGUCCAAAACCUCGCCAAAGAGGACUGUAAGCUGACGGUUUUUAUCCGCACGCCUUGCUUUGCAAUUCCUAUGAAGCAACGAUCCAUCUUGCCAGAGGAGGCCGAGAUGCUGAAGGGCUAUUACGACUGUCUCUUUGAGCGGUGCUACAAAUCCGUGUCCGGUUUUCCACACAACACCCGAUUGCAGUCUGCGCAUCAAGCAACACCCGAGGAGAGAAAGGCGUUGUUCGAUGAGCUUUGGAAUCGCGGCGGAUAUAACUUCCUGGUGGCAAACUAUUACGACUUUCUGUUGGACGAAAAGGCAAACUCCAUUUUCUACGACUACUGGGCGCAGAAGACGCGUGCCCGUAUGACAGAUCGUACGAAAAUGGAUCUGGUCGCGCCGCUGAAGCAGUUCAUGCUCGUUGGAACCAAGCGGCCGAGUCUAGAGCAAGACUACUAUGAGAUGAUCGAUCGACCCAACGUGACCUUGCAUGAUUUGAAGCGCUCGCCAAUCAUCGAUUUUGAUCAAACGGGCAUAGUCACAGGCGACAGCGAGGAAACUCAACACCAUGAUCUUGAUGUUUUGAUCUUUGCUACUGGCUACGAUGCAGUCACGGGUAGCUUGUUGGAUCUGUCAAUUGUGGACAAGAACCAAGUUUCCCUUGCCGAAAAAUGGAAAAAUGGAAUUCUUACCUCUCUGGGAUUGAUGAUUCCCGAUGCUCCAAAUCUCUUCAUGGUCUAUGGGCCACAAGCUCCGACAUCCUUGACAAAUGGGCCACCUUUUAUCGAAAUGGAAGUCGAUUGGAUUUGCAAGGUCAUCUCGAAGAUGCGAGAGGAGGGACUUGGCUCUAUUGAGCCAACUGUGAAGGCUACCGAGGCGUGGCGGGAACAAGUUAUCGCUGCCAGCAAUGGGACCUUGUAUCCAAAGACAGACUCUUGGUACAUGGGAUCCAAUAUUCCGGGCAAGCGGCGAGAACCACUCAUCUAUCUCGGUGGAAUGCCAAGUUGGUGGAAGAGUUGCACAGAUGCAUUGGAGAAUUUGGAAGGCUUCCAUGUUCACAUUUGA